AGAGAGAGAGGGAGAAGCGUGCAGGCUGCCAAAAAGUCAUGGGGAAGUCCAACAGCAAACUGAAGCCUGAGGUGGUGGAGGAGCUGACGAGAAAGACCUAUUUCACGGAAAAGGAAGUACAGCAGUGGUAUAAAGGCUUCAUUAAGGACUGUCCCAGCGGGCAGCUGGAUUCGGCGGGUUUUCAGAAGAUCUACAAGCAGUUCUUCCCCUUCGGAGACCCCACCAAGUUUGCCAGCUUCGUCUUUAACGUGUUUGAUGAGAACAAGGAUGGGCGCAUCGAGUUCUCGGAAUUUAUCCAGGCCUUGUCAGUCACCUCCAGAGGGACACUGGAUGAAAAGCUCAGAUGGGCUUUUAAACUUUACGAUCUCGACAACGAUGGCUACAUCACUCGAGACGAGAUGCUGAACAUCGUGGACGCCAUAUACCAGAUGGUGGGAAACACUGUGGAGUUACCCGAAGAGGAGAACACGCCCGAGAAGAGAGUGGAUCGCAUCUUCGCCAUGAUGGAUAAGAAUGCUGACGGGAUGCUGACGCUGCAGGAGUUUCAGGAGGGUUCCAAGGCCGACCCGUCCAUCGUCCAGGCCCUGUCCCUCUACGACGGCCUGGUUUAGAGGUGCCCGCGGGUGGCUGCUGUGUCUCUGUGUCCUCUGAGGCACAGACGAUCUUUCCCUGUACCUGCUGGGACAUGGAGUUCUUGUUCUGCAUUGUGAAUGCUGUAGCUAGAUCAGACGUCUGGCUUCAAUAUCUCAUUUUCACGGUUUGUUGAAAACAACAUUCACACAGACAGUGUUAGCAGCUAUGCUGUGCUGUGCUGCAUCUUUAUGUGACAUUUGCCUUUGAAUGAUAAACUAUUGACAAAAAGAAGAAGCUAAGUGAGGACACUUCGACGGGAGCCUUGACCUUGAGAGUUGACCUGCUUUGGAUGUGGAUGCAGAGGGACUACAGAAUCCUGUGUUGACAUCAGGACUCCUCCUCAAGUGUUUUCAGUUCUAGUGUGAGUUUAUCUUUGAUCUGUUGGUAAAGGACACAGCCUCACACAGGUACAUAGUAUACACCACAUCAAACGUGAUCAACUGACAUGAUCUGCUGAAGGUUUAGAUAAAAUAAUAAACAAAUAGUUGAACUAAUACAUGUAAUGUACAGCUUAACAUCAUUGUACUGUAAGGCUACUGCCAACAUAGGGAGACUGGAUGAACAGACGUCAGUCUUCUUAGUGAACACAACCAUGUUUGCUCAUGAAUUUCACAUCGUUGUUGUGGCUUCUAAUGCUCCUCCUGAACUCUGUGAUGAAAAGAAAAACACUGAGCAUGUUUGGAAUUCCUCACUGCACAAUCACAAACUGUGUUUGACGUGAAAAGUAUUAUUUUUCUAUGCGGAGCAGGCCUGUCAUUGUGAAACUGAAAGCCUGUGUGUAUUAUACCCAAUGCACCAACCAUGUGGUUCUUUUGACUGUUAAAAUAGGGGUUCUUCAUUACGUGCACAGCACAUCUUACUUUACAAAUGAGCCAAGUUCUUAUAUAUAUUUUGCCUUCCCACAGUUGCCAUCUAAAAGUCCAUAGGAACUGUACAGUGACUAAGUAUGGACUUACCCAUUAAUGUAUUGCUAUCAGGCAGCGAAGACUCCAGUGUUAUUC